AUGCAGCUCGCUCAGCGGCAAAUGCGCGUCAGCGCUGGCAUCCGGGGCAGCAGGGCACGUGUGGUAUCCGUGCAGGCGGCCAAGGACCCCAAGGGUCCCCGCAUCGCCGUCGUGGGCGUGACCGGCGCGGUCGGGCAGGAGUUCCUUACGGUCCUGCAUGAGCGCAACUUCCCAUACAGCAGCAUCAAGCUCCUGGCCAGCGCCAGCCGCAGCAGCAGCCGUGCGGCAUCCCCUGUGUCGCUGCGCCGACGGCGCGCGUCGCCCGAGCUGAGCUGGUCUGCGGGCAAGCAGCAGGAGUUUGAGGGGGAGACCUACACUAUUGAGGAGCUGACGGAGAACAGCUUUGGCGAUGUGGACAUUGCCCUGUUCUCCGCGGGCGGCUCCAUAUCAAAGAAGCUCGGCCCAGUGGCCGCCAAGGCCGGCGCCGUGGUGGUGGACAACAGCAGCGCGUUCCGGAUGACCGAGGGCGUCCCCUUGGUGAUCCCGGAGGUCAACCCCGAGGCGAUGGCGCACGUGAAGAUCGGCGGCGGCGGCGCGAUCAUCGCCAACCCCAACUGCUCCACCAUCAUCGCGCUCAUGGCCGUCACGCCGCUGCACCGGGUGUCCAAGGUGAAGCGCAUGAUUGUGAGCACCUACCAGGCCGCCUCCGGCGCCGGCGCGGCCGCCAUGGAGGAGCUGCGGUCACAGACCAAGGACGUCCUGGAGGGCAAGCCCGCCAACCCCCAGAUCUUCCCCCACCAGUAUGCGUUCAACCUGUUCAGCCACAACAGCGGCAUGGACGUCGAGGUCGGGUACAAUGAGGAGGAGCUCAAGCUGGUCAAGGAGACCAAGAAGAUCUGGGGGACCACCGAUGUGAAGAUCGCGGCCACCUGCGUGCGCGUCCCCGUGAUGCGCGCCCACGCGGAGUCGAUCAACCUCGAGUUCGAGAGCCCCGUGUCCGAGGACGAGGCCAGGGAGGCGCUGUCCAAGGCGGCGGGCGUGUCGAUCAUCGACGACCGUGCGAACAACAGGUGA